AUGAAACUCAGAGCUCUACUACGAGAUAAGGACGUGACGGAAGUGGCAGCAACGCUGGAAUUGAUUAAGCCAGGUGUCCGCGAGCUCAGCUCGUUUUUGACUACGCAUGAAACAAAGAAGAAAGGUGACGGAAAAUCAAUCCAGUGGAUGUCGGACACGGAAUAUAUUUGCGAGGUUGUGCGCUUCCGACUAUCGGAGUCCGUCGUUGAAGACGCUCUAGCUAAACUGAGAGGUGGUUUGGCAAAAGGGGAGGAGAUUGAGCUGGACAUUGGCAGAUUUACCCGGGUGCAGUUAGAAGCGAUGCAGUCGCUGUGGAAUUGGCAGGCUACAUGCCGGAAUGCGGUACUGUGUUGCACGUGGCUAAGCCAAGACGUGAAAGUGCUCGAGUGCUGGCCAUACACACCGCUACAUGGCUUUGGCUUCGACCUGACCUACCCAGACCUUUUCUGCUUCAGAGACUCCGCUUGGCUGAACGACAACGCCUUGCGGGCGUUUACCGUGUUUCUGUCUACUUACAAGAACAACGUGACGGUGAUGGUUCCUCCUCUUAAGAAGGGUAAGAUGGGGAAGCACAUACUCGCACCAACGUCGCUGGAUGAGGUUGCUAGUGGUAUUGAGGCGCAUGCUUUUGUAUUUAUGCCGGUCAAUUUUGGUGGAGUUCAUUGGGGAUGCAUCGUAGUGGACCGUGAAGCGCGGCUAGUGUGGUUGAAGACGUAUGACAGCAUGGGUGGGAAGAGAAACAAGAAACGGCUUAAGAAGAUGGCAAGCGAGCUCCUUGCAGGCCCCCUUGAGGUUGAAGCUUACAGCGACAUCGAAGUGACGGAGCCGAAGCAGACAGAUAGCGAUAGCUGCGGGGUGUUUGCGUGCCGUCUAUUGUGGACGUGUGUUGACAGCGAAGUGCCAAGUGAUGUGUCUCCCAGUGGCGUCACCAAGCUGCGUUGGGCAAUGCUGCACAAGAUCACCACGAUGAAGCGUAGCUAG